AUGAAGCAACUCGUUCAACUUAGCAACGCCAAUCGAUCUUUGCGCAUCCAUCGUGAGCGUCUGCAGAAUGAAUACAUAGGUGUAUUGAAUCGACUACAAGGUUGCCAACGUCGUGCUGCUCAAACAGAAAAGGCUAGCAUGCGUCAGAUGCGUGAUGCUGCUGAGCAGGAUGCGGAAGCUGCUAAGCGAAUGGAGGAAGAAGCUAACCUUAAAGGAAGUCAGAUUGAACGUCAACGUCAGCAGCAAAUCAAUCUGAAUGAAAUCAAGGAGAGACAACAGGCUUUGCAACAAUUAGAACAAGAUAUUGGAGAUGUUAAUCAAAUAUUUGCUGAUUUGGCACGAAUAGUACAUGAUCAAGGCGACAUGGUAGAUAGCAUCGAAGCGAAUGUGGAACAUGCUCAGAUUCACGUAGAACAGAUUGAGUUUCUUGAUGUUGAAUGGGAAGUCCUUCUCUAUCUGCGGAGAAGCUACAACUUUUUGCAGGGUGCGACCAAUCUUCAGCAAGCUGUCUAUUACAAUCAAAAAGCAAGGCAGAAGAAAAUGCUACUUUUUGCUUUUCUCGUGAUU